GUUGACACCCACUUUUUGUGCUAUAAAAUCCCAGCCAAAACACCUUCUUUAACCCCUCUCUCUUUUCUCCUUCCUUUUCUCUCUUCAUCAUCAAAGCCUCCUCUCGUUUUUUGUUCCUUUCCUCUGCCAAAGCUCUGAUUUUUUUGUUUCAAGUUUUUCUUGGAAUCUCCACCACCCAAACUCUCUCAAAAAAAUACCAAGAAAGUGUUUUUUUCGUUCAUUUUCUUCCAUCAAAAAUCAUAAAGGGUUUUUAAUUUUUUUUUCUUUUAAGUUAAUCUUGAUGCUACCCCAAUUAUUUUUAAUCUUUGAAAUUCAUGUCUGCAAUUCUGAGUGAACUGUUUCUUUCGGGGUUUAUGAUAAAUUCCACAUAUAGGCGCAGGACCCAUUUGGUGCAAUCUUUUUCUGUUGUUUUCCUUUACUGGUUUUACUUCAUUUCAUAGCCCCUACCCCUAAAACUACUCUUAUAUAAUUAAUUAAUUACUAAUCUAUAAAUAAAAAGAAAAAAAAGAAGUUAAAAAAUCUACAAAAUAUUUUUCAUUCUACUCUGUUUCAAAAUCAAAAUCUCCAUCUGGGUCCUGCUAGUAUUUCUCUAAUUUUAACAUUUAAUUUUUUUUUUGAAAAUACUAGUACGGUUGUUGAGAAUAUUUGGUCAUGGCAUCAUCAAGUGGUACAUCAUCAGGUUCAUCAUUUAUACAAAACUCAGGGUCAGAGGAAGAUCUUCAGCAAUUAAUGGAUCAAAGGAAGAGAAAAAGAAUGAUAUCAAACAGAGAAUCAGCUAGAAGAUCAAGAAUGAGAAAACAGAAACAUUUGGAUGAUUUGAUGGCUCAAGUAUCAGCUUUAAGAAACGAAAAUAAUCAGAUUUUGACAAGUAUGAAUGUCACAACACAACAUUAUCUUAAUGUUGAGGCUGAAAAUUCAAUCUUGAGAGCUCAAUUAAGUGAACUUAGCCAUAGACUUGAGUCACUUAAUGAAAUCAUUGCAGUUUUGGAUGCCAACAACGUCAAUUGUAAUGGACUUGGACUUGCCAUGGACAACAAUGAGCCUUAUAGCUUCAAUUUUCCACAAAAUGACACUAUGCUUGAUGGGUUCAACGUGACCAAUUCUUGGAAUUAUCUAUGUGUCAAUCAGUACUGAAGUUACCAUAUUAGUCGAGCUGGUAAAUUUCGAACAAAACACCGGAUAAAUGUGCUCCAAGGGAAAAAAAAAUAGUCGAAAUUAGUCAGCGAUUUCGAAUAUCAGAUGGUUGAUGAGAAAAAGAAUUUCAAAUAGAGAGAAAUCCCCUUUUCAUGUAUUAUUAUUAUCUAGUAGUAGAAGUAUUUAGUUCUCUUGCUAAGAUUUUCUCUUUUUUCAAGUAGUAUUAUUAUUAAGAAUAAAUCCUUUCGAGGAAUAUUGGUGUUUUGUAAAUUUGGGGUUUGUAAUCUCAUUUUUAGUUUCUCUUUCAAGGACUUAA